AUGCGCUUUCGAACAGAAUUGAAGAAUAUCCGCACAUUUGCCAAGCUUGUAGCUGCACUUGGCUCUCUCGAGAAGAUCGCCUGGUUGCGCCUCAGCGAUGACACGGCGCGAUUCACAGUCAUCCCAGAUAUGGGAUCUCAAGUAUGGGCCUCACUCGCCAUGGACUUCAUCUUUGAUGGCUACCACAUUCAAUCCGCAGAGGCAGGCAACACAAUUAACCUAGAGCUUCCCCUUCAGCCUCUACAGCGCGCCCUCAAGUCAGCGCUCAACAGCAUGUCUGCUUCCUUGCGCCUUACAAAGAAGGAUGGUUUGCCAGUUCUUUCCAUGACAAUCACGACAACCACAUCAGCCAACAACCCGCCUGGGGCAGCGAAACCUUCAGGCACCGCCGGCGGCGAUGACCCUUUUGACGAUGAUGAGAUGUUUCAGCCCGAACACCUCGAGACUAAUUUACGGCGAGAGCAUGAAAAGAUCAUCACGCAAGAUAUACCCGUACGGGUUCUUCAUCCAGAGACCGUCGAGACCAUCAUGCAGCCACGAGUGCGCGAACCAGAUGUCCACAUCCAAUUACCACCACUCCUUCAGCUCAAGGCUAUUUCGGAUCGCUUUACCAAGCUCGCCAUAACCUCCAACUCCAGCUCAAACAACAACAGCAAAUCACCCAAGCUUGAAAUCAGCGCCAAUAUGCACGGCGGCUUGCGGCUGCGAAUCGCUACUGAAACAACCGAUAUAUGUAGCGUGUGGUCCAACCUCGAGAACCCGGAGCUAGAUCCGGCACAGCUCGACUGCCCCGUCGAAGAACAUCCGAGUGCAAAAUUCCGAGAAGACGGUCCCGAACGCUGGGCGACAGUUCGUGUGGAUGGCAAGGAUUGGAGUCGUGUCUUGAGUGUUGGCCGUUUAGAAGGCCGGGUAAUUGCUUGUUUUGCGGAUGACCAUGCUCUGAUCCUUUACGUCUACGUACCGCAAUACGACGAUGCCACAGCCGAUGAUUCUGUGGUGACGUAUUAUGUGCAGUCAUACAGCGUAUAG